AUGGCGGACUUCCCCAAGCACCCUUUCCUCCUCACCACUGAGGAGACGGCCCAGGCCCUCGGCACCGAUGUUGACAAGGGCCUGACGUCGAUCCAGGUCAACGAGCUUCAGCAAAAGUACCCCAAAAAUGAACUUGAUGUCGGCGGCACGAUCCCUUGGUACAGCAUCAUGACCAAGCAGAUUCUCAAUGCCAUGAUUAUCGUUCUUGUGUUUGCCAUGGCCCUCAGCUUUGGUAUCAAGGAUUACAUCGAAGGCGGUGUCCUGGCAUUCGUCAUUAUUCUCAACGUCACCAUUGGUUUCUGGCAGGAGUAUCGCGCCGAGAAGCGCAUGGAUGCUCUCCGAGCUCUGUCAUCCCCCAGUGCCAUGGUUCUUCGUGACGGCAAGACUCAGGUCAUCUCCAACCCGGAAGUCGUUCCCGGCGAUAUCGUUCUUCUCAAGAUGGGUGACACCGUCCCCGCCGAUCUCCGACUGUUUGAGGCCAUGAACCUCGCCUGCGAGGAAGGCCAGCUGACUGGCGAGUCCAUUCCCGUCGAAAAGAUCACCGAUAACAACAUUGUGGAGCCUGGCACUGAGAAGAUUGUCACCGACGAGGGUGAGAUUGGUAUCGGUGACCGCAUCAACAUGGCAUACGCCACCACCGUCGUCCGAAAGGGUCGCGGUCGUGGUAUUGUGACUGCCACUGGUAUGGCUACCGAGGUCGGCAAGAUUGCCGCCUCUACUUCCAAGAAGACGCGCAAGGCUGGCCGCUCCAUGAACUGGCACAAGUACGGCAAGCGACAGCCUGUCAUCGGUCUCUCCAAGCGUAUCUACGAUGUCAUUGGAAAGUUCCUCGGUCUUACCGAAGGUACUCCUCUGCAGAGGAAGCUCUCUGCCCUGGCUUACGUUCUCUUUGGCUGCGCCAUCGUCCUCGCCAUCAUCGUCUUUGCCGUGAACCACUUUGACAUGCGAAACGAGGUUAUCAUUUAUGCCACCUCUCUCGGUAUUGCCAUUAUUCCCGAGUCUCUUGUUGCUGUCUUGACCAUCACCAUGGUUGUUGCCGUCACCGUCAUGCGAAAGGCCAACGUCGUCGUCCGUGAUCUCUCCGCCCUCGAGGCCCUCGGCGGUGUCACCAACAUUUGCUCCGACAAGACCGGCACCUUGACUGAGGGCGCCAUGAUUGUCCGCAAGGCCUGGAUCCCGUCGUCCAACCUAUACACCGUCCGAGAGUCGCAGAGCCCCAACGACCCCACCAAGGGCAAGGUUACCUUCUCCAAGCAGGACCCCCAGGAGCCAGAGACCGAGGAGCCUCCUCGUGACUACGACCGAGAGCGUUCUGCCGCUGUCCUCAAGUUUGAUGUUCCUGACGAGAAGCUCAACCCCUCCAAGGCUGCCAGGGCUCCUGUCCCUGAGGUCGACUGCGAGAUGACUGACGAGCUCCGCGCUUUCCUCCUCUCCACUGCUCUCUGCAACCUGGCUACUGUGCGAUUCGACGAUGAGGAGGAGAAGUGGCAGACCACCGGUGAGCCCACCGAGAUUGCCCUUCAAGUCUUUGCCCACCGCUUCACCUACGGCAAGAAGACCCUUGAAGGCCAGGGCUGGAAGCAAACCGCCGAGUUCCCCUUUGACAGCUCCAUCAAGCGCAUGUCCGUCAUCUACGAUGCCCCCAGUGACGCCAGCGGCUCCAUCAUCGACACCGAGAACAGCAUGGUCUUCACCAAGGGCGCUGUUGAACGUGUCCUGGAUCUCUGCUCGCACAUGGGCACUGGCAAGGACCGACAGGUUGUCACCGGUGAGCUCAAGGAGCAUGUACUCAACCAGAUGAAUGCCCUCGCCUCUCAGGGCCAGCGUGUCCUUGCCAUCGCCUACCGCCCUUGGAUUGGUCGCUGGACUGCCAAGCAGGGCUCUUCUCCCGCCGAGGAUGAGAAGCUCCGUUCUGGUGUUGAGCAGGACUUGACUCUCCUCGGUCUUGCUGGAAUCUACGACCCUCCCCGUCGCGAGACCAAGCCUUCGAUUGCUGAGUGCUCGCAGGCUGGUAUCCGCGUCCAUAUGCUCACUGGUGACCACCCCGAGACUGCCAAGGCCAUCGCCAAGGAGGUCGGUAUCAUCCCCAAGAACCUGGGUGUCCUGCCGGACCACGUUGCCCAGUCGAUUGUCCAAAAGGCCACCGACUUCGACAAGAUGACCGAUGAGCAGAUUGAUGCCAUGGAGGAGCUUCCCCUAGUUAUUGCCCGCUGUGCCCCCGACACUAAGACCCGAAUGAUCGACGCCCUCCGUCGCCGCGGUGCCUUCAUGGCCAUGACUGGUGAUGGUGUCAACGAUGCUCCCUCCCUGUCUCGCGCUGAUGUCGGUAUUGCCAUGGGUUCUGGUUCCGAUGUGGCCAAGUCCGCCGCCAAGAUCGUGCUUACUGACGACAAGUUCAACUCCAUCGUUUCUGCUAUCCGCGAGGGCCGCCGCAUGUUUGACAACAUCCAGAAAUUCGUCCUGCACCUGCUCACGUCUAACGUCGGCGAAGUCAUCCUCCUGGUCGCUGGUCUCGGCUUCAUCGACAAGAGCGGAUUCUCCGUCUUCCCCGUCUCGCCGCUUCAGAUUAUUUGGAUCAACAUGGCUACUUCCUCUUUCCCCGCCUUUGGACUUGGUCGCGAGGCUGCCGGCCAGGACGUCAUGCGCAAGCCGCCGCAAGACAAGAAGCGCGGUGUCUUUACCAACCAAAUUAUCGUUGACAUGAUUGUGUACGGCUGCAUCAUGGGCGCCUGCACCAUGUCCACCUUCUGCAUCAUCAUCUACGGCGCCAACGGCGGUGACCUCGGCGAGGAGUGCAAUCAGCGCUACUCCGAGGCCUGUAUCCCCGUCUUCAAGGCUCGUGCCGCCACCUUCGCUGAGCUGACGUGGUUGAUCCUGAUCUCCGCUUGGGAGUUCAAGAGCCUGCGCCGCUCCAUCUUCCGCCUCAACCCCGACGACGAUAGCCGAUUCCCCGUCUUCAAGGAUAUCUACGCUAAUAAGUUCCUGUUCUGGUCCGUCGUCAUCGGCGGCCUGUCCGUGUUCCCCGUCGUCUACAUUCCCUUCCUCAACCACAAGUUCUUCAAGCACACUGGCAUCAGUUGGGAGUGGGCUCUGUCCGUGGGCUUCACCAUCGUCUUCGUUGCCGGCAUUGAGCUUUGGAAGUUGACCAAGCGCCACUUCCGCCUCCUCGAGGACGCGCCUAUCAAGCGCGGAUCUUGGGGCCAGGGUGGUUCCGACGAGGAGGGUCGCAAGUUCGGUCGCACCAUGUCAUUCUCCAGCUUCAAGACCUGGGCGUCGUUCUCACGGAAGGAUACCGGCGAUUCGUUGGGCAAGCACAGCAACUCGCGGGGCCAUGGAUCUGCGCACCCGAGCGUCAUUGUUCCUCAGGGUCUGGCGGCCACCGAGGCAUGA